AUGUUGAAAUCCUCUUUGAGACUCCAGCGUAGGUUGGUGCUAAAGGUCUUUGUAGUACUAUUUCUAUGUUGCACCAUUAGCAUUUUUUACCACUCAGCAACGAAUACGUCAGGAGUUACCAGAUACAAGAAAAAUCUUGAAAAAUCGAUGAAGUUGAAGUUCAACUACUUGUACAACAAUUUUCUUUCAUCGCACCUCAAUCUCGACUCCAAUAAACUAUUCCGUACGAAGUUCGAAUUUAUCAAGAAGGAAAAAUUAGAAAAUGACUGGAACAAUGAAUUAUGGUACAUUAACGAAGAUGUUCUACAAAAUUUGCCUGUCGAAGUUUCUAUACCACCAUUCUAUUAUAAGAAUAAAGUUGCAAAACCGCCCAUAUUACCGUUUGAUCCAAGGUUCACUCUAGCCGUGUACUACAAGUAUCUCGAAAAGCAACACACUAGUAACCCUGUUCCUUUUCACUGGGCCGAUUGGGUAGACUUAUCGAAAUUGCAUAAGUACGUAUUGAACACGGAAGAGGACGACUUUUGCAAGCGAUUAUUCGACCUUUCGGAACAUGAAGAACUCAUCAAGGAUUCCAAGAUGAAACCCGUUGACCAAUACUGUUUGCUAAGUGACAAGACACCAUUGGGAUUCGAAAUAACAGAUUUCUCUGGUCCACAGAGCCCAUCUAAUAGAGAACUCUUGGGAAAGGCUUACCUCUAUAGCAAGGCUCCCUCACCGGUAAAGAUUAUCUUUUUGGGAAGCGACGACGAGAAGGGAUCUAUACAAGCAGAUGUUCAAUCCUACAGUGUAAAUGACUACAGGAAUGGUUUACUCCACAAUUCUAUGAUCAAAGACUUGUUAGAUGCGAAAGCAAUCGACGCAAAUGUGCCAUUAAACGUUGUCAAGACAUUCGAAGACUUGUUCACGAAGACCACAUCUACUGUUGAAAACGCACAAUUAAAAGGACAGUCAAUAGAAAUACCACCUGAAUCAUUCUAUGUCAGUGGAAUGAAUGUUAUAUCAGAACUUGAACAAAAGCCAAGCUUGUCAGAGACAGAAAAGAACUACUUGGAUUCCAUGAGAUUCUCGACAUCGACAAAUGAUCCACCAAAGUUUUUCAAUGAAGCAAUAUUAUUAGCCAAAACUCCUCAAAAAUGGCUAGGAGAACACUACGAUUGGAGAUUCUUCAAUGGUUUGACUGUUGGAAACGAAGAACAACUCUUGUCAUUACAUAGACUUGUGAAGAAUUACUUAAACUUUGCUCGUCAGAACGGUAUAAUUACUUGGAUUGCCCAUGGAUCUUUGUUGUCGUGGUAUUGGAAUGGUAUAGCUUUUCCUUGGGAUACCGAUAUCGAUGUUCAAGUUCCAAUUCUGGAAUUGCACAAAUUGGGCCGUCAUUUCAACCAAACGAUUAUUGUGGAAAAUGCCGGAGACCGCAACUACAAUUUUGACGGAUUGGGUCGCUACUUCGUUGAUGUCGGGUCCUCCAUCACACAUCGUACCAAGGGUAACGGCAACAAUAAUAUCGAUGCAAGAUUUAUUGAUAUAGAUACCGGUCUUUACAUUGAUAUUACUGGCUUAUCGAUUUCUGAAACACCAGCACCUUCCAGAUACGACAAUUUCAUUAACAUGGAUCCUGUGAAGAAGGCCGUAGUAGAUGAGCAUAUUGUCAAUGGCCAACUUAACCACGUCGUAAAGAACCAACAAUUGAGAGCUUACAACUGCCGUAACAACCAUUUCAGCACAUACGAAGAGUUGUCGCCAUUGAUGUUAACCCUCGUGGAAAAUCAAUUGAGUUACAUCCCCAAGAACUUUGCUCUUAACUUGAACUAUGAAUAUGAUGUCAAGGGACUCACAGAGAAGAACUACAGAGACUACAUUUACUUGAAUAACUUCAGGCUUUGGGCUAAGACACAGAACAUUUUAGACUACCAGUCGUCUCCCGCAAGAUGGGUCAAACAGUACAAUUCCAAAUUGAAUAACCCAAAGAGUAAGAAUGGAGAAGAGACACAAAAGAAGAAGUUUUCUUCGAAGAGGGUAGUAGGAGUGGCUGAGAAGCUCGCCAUUGGGCAAUUGACGGUCAGCGAUCAUUUGAACUUACUCCAAAAAAACGAUGUGUUCAAGGAAGUAUACAAGACGCUUCAAUUUACGAAGUUCCACGAAAUGGAGAUGGAGAAAUUGCUCCGUUCGGAUAUGAAUGGUGUGACUAAAUUGUUGGACCAAUACAAAGCCCAGGCAAAUGUAGGUGGUGGAUUGAGGCCAGAUAUAUUCAUGAACAAACUUCAACACGAAACUGAUAAACAAAACUUCGUAAAGGAAGCCAACAAAAUCGCAAAGCUUUCGGAAGUUUACCAGAAGCUAAAGAAAGCAUCGAAAGAGAAAACAGAAUCCAAUUAA